CUCUUUAGAUUCCUCCCCAGGUGUGUCCAUACCCCGAUAUUAGCCACAGUCCAAGGUUCCAGAUAGCUGUUCUACUUCUCUGCCUCCCUCUGCUCUGCAGCCUAACCAGAACCAUGCUGUUCAGAAUUUUUGCUGCUGUCUUCCUUGCUGAACUCCUGGGCUCGGGCUCAGGCGUCACAGAUACUGGCCCAUGGCUGUGCCAGCCAGCGCCCAGGUGUGGGGACCAGACCUACGACCCCUUGGAGCAGUGCUGUGACAAUGACACCAUCCUGCCCCUGAAUGCAACCCGGCUGUGUGUCCCCAACUGCAUCUUCUAUCCCUGCUUCCAGCACUGCUGCCUGGAGUCCCUGGGCUCUCAGAAUCAGGCAGUGGUGACAUUCAAGGUCCCAGGCAUGAAGCCCGACUGCAGGUCCUCCCCCAUCUCCAGGAUUUGUGCCAGUGUCUUCUCACCAACACCAUUGUGAACUGGGCACACAUCUAUGCCAGAGUAGCAAUCACCUCUCCCUGCUGGGUAUGCACUAAAACGCCUGUGAUUUUUAUCACCAGACUUCCCUGGUGAAUUCAGACUAUCACUCUGGACAAUUGAAUGUACCUGGAAAAGCCUUUUAUUGCCACCUGAAUAUGGGAUGAAACUGGCACUGGUUUCUAGUAAUCCUAGGUGGUGGGGCUUGUCUUCUGGUUGUGUGAUGUUACAGCUUGUAUUGUUCUUGUGGCCUCUGGAUGCAGGGCUCUGCUCGCCUCACUAAGGGAACAUUGCAGAAGAUGUCAAAUGUGUAGAUUGUAUGGUGAGGGAUCCUAUGGGGAAGAUCAUAGGACAGUCCUCAAAUGGCUGGAGUUAGGCUCCUUUGCCAAGACCUCCAGCAGGCUAUGUUUCUAUUGUGUUCUCGAGGUCAUAAACACUGGCUUGUGAGCAUGUGUCCACUGACGUAACCUGUUGUUAGUGUGCAUUCUUUGUCUGGCCUGCAUAUUAAAUUGGCCUAUGGAAAAGAUUCAGGGGACUACAUGGAACUGGCUGGGGGCUGAAGUUGGAGCUGGGGACUGACUACUGCUACUGCUUCCUCUUAAUAAAACAUGUGUACUAUGCCCAACUAUGUCUUCUAUCUUCUUCCACUUGCUGAGAUUCUGAAUCUGUUUCCUGGCUCUGAGCCGCCUGCCCCAACAGGGUGGUAAUGUUCCUUCCAUCGAUUUUCCUGACAUAAUUUCAUUUUCUU